GUCGCCAAUGGAUUCGGCGCUGGCGCAGCUCAAGCUCGAGGCGCUCCUCGCCGAGAUCCGUGUCGAUUACGGCGAUCUUGAGCCGGCAGUGGAUGCGGCGAUCGGAGCGGUCAAGGAUGCUCUGAUGAAAAUCCCGGAGGAAAAGGUUCCAAGGUCGCUCGCCAGUGGAUUCUUGGAUGACCUUGGUGUUCCUGAGGACAAGUCUUUGCUCGAGUUUAAGAGACCCGAAUCUUUCACUUUAGUCGGUAGCUACUCAACACGAACAAUGGCAAGGCCUGCUACAGUCGUGGAUUUGGCGAUGCGUAUUCCAAAGGCUUGUUUCUACGAGAAGGACUACCUUAACCAUCGUUACCAUGCUAAGCGCGCUCUUUACUUGGCAUACGUUUUCAAGAUCCUUUCCAAAUGUGGGCUUUUUAAGAGCAUCGAGUGGGCAUUUCUUCACCAUGAUGCCCGUAAGCCAGUGUUGGUUCUUCACACAGCCUCAGGAAUGUUUGACCUUCGUGUGAUACCUACGAUCUCUAGCAACGUUUUUGAUAUCUCGAAACUUGACGACGGAAGAAGUAAUGUGCAUAAUGAAGGGACUGGAGAGCCGCUUCAGGCUACACCAAGCUAUAACGGUAGCAUCCUUGAGGACAUGUUUGUAGAAGAACUCAGCACUGUGGAAAAGAACUUGUUAUGCCAUUCUGGAAGGUUGCAAGAGGCUGUGAUGCUUUUGAAGGUAUGGUUACGGCAAAGGAGCUCUUAUGCUCAGCCGGAUACUAUGAAUGGAUUCCUCCUAUCGAUCAUGAUUCUCCAUUUGAGUAGUGUAGCCGGUGGUCAGCGGCUGUCUAAUCACAUGACGGCCUUGCAAAAUUUUCGCGUUUCUUUAGAGAUGAUCGCGAAGUAUGAUGUGUUGGGAAAAGGCUUCAGACUAGAACUUCAGGGGACUGAAAGGAGACCAGCUCUGAUGGUUGACGAGUCUCGAGUUCUAUUUCCUGAUACAUAUGGAACGAAUCUUUUGUUUCGGAUGACAAAGAACUCAUUGAAAGAGCUUAAGCUUUUUGCGGAGCGUACCCUCGAGGCCAUGACCGCUGACAGUGGCUUUCAAGAGUCCUUUCUUGCGGCAGUUGAGUUUGCAUCUUACUUUGAUUGCCAAAUCAGGCUGGAAAUCGACGACACGUCGAAAUGUGAUUUCUCUAAUGAUGGGGCGUGGAGAGGAAGUGAAGGAAAGGCUGAGAACGUCCUAAGUAAAGCUUUGAAAGAUAGAACAAAACUAGUGCGAGUUCUCAGGAGAACUAUUGCGAGCGGCUGGAAUCCAAAGAAGGGUCUGUCGAAGUUCCUGCCCUCGAAAAUCCAGAUUGGAGCUAUACUGAACGACAUAGAGAACGCCUACAGAAUGGUUGAUGUGGGGCCAAGCGCAGACAAAAAAGAAGAGUCAGCAAAAUUUCGAUCCUUUUGGGGUAAAAAGGCCGAGCUUCGUAGGUUCAAGGACGGAACAAUUGCAGAAGCAGUUGGGUGGGAGUGUGAACCAUGGAAGCGUCAUCUUAUCAUAGCUCGAGUUUCGGAAUACAUCCUUAUCAGGCACUUUGCUGGCGCAGGACCGGUUGAAACAGUUUCUGACCAACUAGAUUUUUCUUUACUAGACAAAAAUCAAGAUUCUAUCGGAAGCACACCUAAGAUUUUACAAGCGCUGGAAGAGUUUACAAAGCGCCUCAAAGCGCUUGCUCUUCCUUUAAAAAUUUCCUCUGUACAACCUAUUAGCGCUGCUUUCAGGCAUGCUGCAGUGUACACACCUCGGCCUAGGCAUUCUACCAAGGGAGGUGUUGUAGGCGUGUUUUUAGAACCUUUGGAAGUAAUGAUACAGUUAGAGGGAUCGGGUCGAUGGCCAAACGACGUGAUUGCAAUCAAGAAAACAAAAGCGGCCUUUUGUUUGAAAAUUGCGGAUAGCAUGCACAAGCAGUGGCAUCUAGAUUCUGUUGUAUCUGAAGAUGCAGUCGACAUUUUGAUGAAUGGCUUUGCAUUUCGGAUUUCUAUAGCCUACGAAAAGGAUCCCACGCUUAUAAAACACAAGGACAUGGCGGCUAUCAGUAAUAUCAGUAUCAAGGAUGAUCUUAUAUUUCAUAGCGUUCAUUCCAGCACAUUAAAUGGCUUGCAGGGAAGGUGUCCCGCUUAUGGUCCUACUGUCAGGCUUGCAAAGAGAUGGAUUGGUGCCCAUCUUUUCUCCGACGUCAUUACAGAGGAGGCUAUUGAGUUGCUGGUCGCUUACAUUUUCACUCGACCACAGCCAAUGUUUCCACCUUCAACGAGAAUUACUGGCUUUCUGAGAUUUCUUAGAUUGCUCGCAAACUAUGACUGGCACCUUUCUCCUUUAAUUGUGGACAUCAACGGAGAUAUGUCUUCGAAAGAUCGGGAGACUGUAGUGGCUUUUUUCGAGGCUACUAGAAGAGGUGAACACGCCGACUUCUACGAGGGUUCAAAAGAAGGACCUGCUAUGUUUAUUGCCACAUCGUAUGACAUGCAGUCGGUCACUUCUACAAGGUGUUCGCCUUUAAAGCCAGCUCUGAAAAGGCUUGUUGCGUAUGCCAAAAGCUCUGCGGCACUGCUAACGAGCAAUAUAACUGGAAUGGACAACAGAUGGCAGUCAUUGUUUCGAACUCCACUGAAUUGUUACGAUACCGUCCUUGUCUUGCAACGGAAAAGCUUACCCCACCCAGGCCGUGUGCUUUUCUCUCCUGAGUUGGGGAAGCUCCAAGCUGCGUUCGUCUGUCCGGAUGUUAGAAGCCAUCUCGCGUUCCGCACAAACCAGCUAUUUGUCGGUUUCAAUCCAGUCGUGGAGUUUGUGCAAGAUAUCAAGGCAAAAUUUGGUGACUACUAUGACGUGUGGUACGACGUUUUGGGAAGCGACGUCAUCGGACUCACCUUGCAAAAACAGGAGGUGUUUGUUGGAACUAAAAGAAAACGUAACGACGAGAACUCUAUCGCGGAGAACCUCGUGAGUUUAGGCAAGGGUCUUGUGGCGAGCAUAUACUUGAAAGUGAAGGAAAAGUAAAAUCACUGUAAACUGAGCAAGAUUAAAAGCCUCUCGCCGAUUUACUGAUAAGAGGCAACUUGUUGAUUAGUUCCGAGUGUUCACCUAUAGAACAAUGGUUUAUUUAAAGCUGCGACCUUAUCAGGGCUCUUUACAGUUUGUGUA